AGCCAAUACCAAAACCAUCAUCGUUGCAAACUUAUAUCCACUUGCCAAGCAUUUCAGUUUAAACUCACUCAUACAACUUCAAAACCAAUUUCAUUUGUUUGUGAAAACAAAAAAACAAAAAAACUUUUGUUAAUUAUGGCUGAGGAGAACAAGAGCCGCGAGUACGAGGCCAAGGUUGGUGAGGAGGGCGGUUCGGUUGAGAGUAAGGAUCGCGGGCUGUUUGAUUUCUUGAGUAAGAAGGAAGACAAGAAGGAAGAGGAGAAGCAUGAUCAUCAUGAUCAUGGCCAUGAUUAUCAUCACCAGCAAGAUGUGGCUAUCGCCGGUGACUUCGAGAAGGUCAAAGUGUCGGAGGCUCAGCCCGUAGCAGCUUAUCAUCAUGUUGAGGAACCAAAACACAAAGAGGAGGAGGAGAAAAAGCCCGGUUUGCUGGAGAAGCUCCGCCGAUCAGACAGCAGCUCCAGCUCUUCAAGUGAUGAGGAAGGAGGUGAAGGAGAGGAGAAGAAGAAGAAGAAGAAAGAGAAGAAGGGGCUGACGGAGAAGAUCUUGGGACACAAGGAAGAGCAGAAGAAGGAAGAGCAUCAUCAUCACGAGGACACAAACAUACCGAUCACGUACGAGGAAGGUCAUCCAGAAGCGGAGAAGAAGGGAUUUCUCGAGAAGAUUAAGGGGAAGCUGCCUGGACAGCAAAAGAAAGAAGAGGUGGCCCCACCACCACCACCACCUCCUGCAGAAACUCAUCAUACAAGUACUACCACUCAUGGUGAGUAUUCAGAAGUGGAAGCCAAGGAGAAGAAGGGCAUUUUGGAGAAGAUCAAGGAAAAGCUUCCUGGGUACCACUCCAAGACCGAGGAGGAUAAGGAAAAGGAGAAAGAGAAAGGAAGUGAUUACCAUUAAUUAAGGUGUUAAGAUGGGGUCGUGUCGGUUUCUUUUUCUUUUUGAAAAAGAAACCAAAAUGGAUUGAUGAUGGUGUGGUUUGUUUGUCGAGCAUGAAAGUAAUUAUAUAUGAUGGGUCUAUUGUUGCUUCUUUUUGCUUUUUUUUUUUCUUGUUUUUCCUUUUUUUUUUUUUUGCAAGUGAAAAGAAAAAAUAUAUGUAACUGCUUUUUUAUAUACUUAUGUAUUAUACGUUUGUUUA